AUGCCCAAGGUCGUCUUCGACAAGCUCAACUUCACGCAUCUGACGCCAACACUGAUGCACCUCCAGCUAGCAGAUUCUUCAGUCCGCUAUCCAGAGGGAAUCGCUGAAGACUUUCUAGUCAGAGUUCGAGACUACUUCAUCCUAGUUGACUUCGUAGUGCUCGACAUGGAAAUAUCAAAAGAGACAUCGCUCAUCCUUGGGGGGCCAUUCCUGAGUACUGCCGGAGCACACAUCGAUGUGGGACUUGGAGAAAUCUGCUUCAACAUCAAUGGGAAAGAAGAAAAAUUCCUGUUCCGGCCCAAGAAGGAACAAUGCUCAAUGAUCAACAUCAAAUCCGGGCCAAGCACACAAGAAAAAACCGAAGCGACGUCUCCCAAUCAAGAAUGA